UGGAUAUUGGAACGCGCAAAUUUAGGACGUGACGCUACUCUGACACAUUCGCUAUUGUGUAAUAAUAAUAAUAUAAUAAUAAUCACUUUAUUCCACAACAAUAACAAUUUACAGUUUACCGAAAGAAAUAUGACUUCAGAAUUAUCUAAAUCAAAAGUAGCAGCGAAGAAGUUCGACUUUAUGGAGAUUUUUUCGGAAUCCUAUUCACUAGCACAAGAACGUAAUCAGGUGAACAACUCAAAAGUUUUAGCUUUGCUUCCUGAUUAUGAUUCGAAUGCCGCUGAAGAUGAGCCUCCUGUAGAGUCUCAUUUAGAUACAGAAUCUGAUCUUAUUGGUCCUUCACCAGAAGACUUAGAUGCCGAAAAUCCAUACUACUUACCAAUUACUGAAAAUCUAACUCUGUCUCAUGGCGCUAAACCACUUACCGCCAUAGGUGUUGAUGCAGCAGGUGCUCGUGUGGCUACAGGUGGUUUUGACUUUGAUGUUAAGCUUUGGGAUUUUGGUGGGAUGGAUAACUCUUGUCGUCCCUUUAAAGCAUUUCGUCCAUGUGGAGAACAUCAAAUCAAACAUUUAGAAUUCAGCCCUUCUGGUGAAAAUCUCUUAGUUAUAUCUGGUUCAGCUCAAGCGUAUGUAGUCGAUCGAGAUGGAGAGCCUGUAUGCUAUACAAACAAGGGAUAUCAGUAUAUUACUGAUCCAGCCAGUGCUAAGGGUCACACCCACGCAUUACAUUGGGGGACAUGGCAUCCACUGGAUUCGAAUAAACUGCUCACUUGUUCACAGGAUUCAACACUACGUGUAUGGGAUCUUAAUGACGCGGAAGCGAUUAUGAAUGAAACACGUAUACCGAGUCAUAAAAUUGUCAUAAAACCACGUAAUGCACAAGGCAGAAAAACCAGUCCAACUGCAUGUGCUUAUACACGAGAUGGUCAAAUAAUCGCUGCUGGUUGUCAAGAUGGUUCAAUCCAGUUGUGGGAUACACGUAAACCAUUGGUCAAUACAUCACAGUUAAUGCGUACAGCACAUCCAGUAAAUACUGAUAUUACAUGUGUUUCAUGGUCAUGGGAUAGUAAACAGUUAUUAAGUCGUUGUAUGGAUGAUACAAUGAAAUUAUGGGAUACACGUGCUUUGUCUAAAGGAGCAGUACAUAUAUUUUCAGAUCUACCUAUAUUAUUUAAUCAAACAGAAGUAACAUUUAGUCCAAAUGAUUAUGUAAUUGCUGCUGCUUUAGGCGUACCACGUGGUGAUCCUAAAAAGGGUCAGAUUAACUUUUAUAGAAGAGACAAUUUCGAGUUGGUUAAUCAAUUCAGUCCUAGUCAUGGCAGUGUUAUCGGCUUAACAUGGCAUCAUAGAAUCAAUCAAGUGUUCUGUAGUUCUUCAGAUGGUACAGCCAAUGUAUACUAUGAUUCAAAAGUUAGUCAUAAUGGUGCACUGAUGUGUGCUAACCGACAAGCUACUGCAUCUAGUCGUCGACGUCAUACUGGCGCUGGUGAAGCCUAUAUGAAACCGAUUAUAUUGACUUAUGAUGAUGAAGCUGUACGCAUUGCACGUAAAAGCAAAAAGUAUCUUAAUAAUACUGAGGUGGAGUCAGAGAUUGCUAUGGCUGCAGUGAAUGCCAUCCUACAAAAAGAUCAUCAAACAGCACAAGCAGCUAGAGAGGAUGCGGCCAAGCAGCAUGUACCGCAUAGGGAAGAAGCUAUCGGUAAUCGUAUUGGCAGUCUACAUCAGUAUAUGGUACAACAGAUUGUACUGAAGAAAAAUGAAGCUGAUGAACGUGCCGAGAAAGAUAUUCGUGGUGCUAUCCUACGUCAUGCUGAUGAAGCUAAAAAACAACCAUUUUGGACUAAAGCAUAUUUAAAAACUCAACCAAAUCCUGUGUUUCACAAUCCUGAUGAAGAAGUAAAGAAAGAUGAUACACCUGUUUGGAAGAAACAGAAAUUAGCCUGAAGAAGAGAAUACCAAGGCGAAAAAAGAAAGAGAAUAAAUGAAAUACCUUAACUUUUCAGAAAACAAACAUAAUUAACCUUCUUGUUAUAGUUGUACAUACAUAAAAUCUGUUUUUUUAAAAUAUGAUAAAAUUUCAUCACUUGCCCUACUUUGUUCAAGAAAAAAAAGUAUGUAUUUUUGCCGUAAAAACACUUUUCACAGCUUUGUAAAUGAUUUAAAAAAAUGAUUUUGGAAGAAUAUAUAUAUAUAUAUAUUGAAUUGAAUUUUUCAUUUUCCU